AUGCUCUCCUCCAGCUGGGAGGGUGGGAGGAGCCCUGCUCCUCUGAUGAGAGACAGAGCAAGGGAGAGAAAGGGAGGCUGGGCCGCCAUGGUCAAGCUCGGAGGGGGGAAAUCUCACUGGUACGUCAGGGAAGCCACUCACAACGCUCAGAGACUGCAGGCAACUUUUGACAAUGCAGGCUUGCACCUGGCGGUAGGCUCCACGCUGGCAGUACGGAGCACCAUGCAGGGCCGCGGAGGCAAAGCCCCCAAAAGGGAGAUGGUGAUAGAGUCCCCGCAGCAGUACAAGAGCCUGGCUGAGAUUGAAGCAGAGGUGGAGGGAGGGUCACAGGUGGCUGCGGUGAAGCCUAAAAUCAUAGAGCCUUUGGACUAUGAGAAUGUGGUCCUCCAGAGAAAGACCCAGAUCAUCAGCGAUGUUCUGCGUGAUAUGCUGCAGUUCCCCAUAGACGACUUUCAGAUCUCCACCCUGCAGAGCCAAGGCCGGACAUUGUUCUCCACUGUACCAGAGACUGCUGAGAAAGAGGCUCACUCUCUGUUUGUCCAAGAGUGCAUCAAAACAUACAAGUCUGACUGGCAUGUGGUCAACUACAAGUAUGAGGAGUAUUCUGGAGACUUUCGGCAGCUCCCAAAUAAGGUGUCGAAACCUGAGAAGCUCGCCGUCCACUUGUUUGAGGUGGAUGAAGACGUGGAAAAAGAUGAGGACACAGCCUCUCUUGGAUCUCAGAAGGGAGGAGUAUCAAAGCAUGGCUGGCUAUACAAAGGCAACAUGAAUAGUGCAAUCAGCGUUACUAUGCGGUCUUUCAAGAGGAGGUACUUCCAUCUGGCUCAGUUGGGCGAUGGAUCCUACAACCUCAACUUCUACAAAGAUGAAAACACCUCCAAGGAACCAAAAGGCACCAUCUUCCUUGACUCUUGCAUGGGGGUUGUUCAGAACGGCAAAGUGCGUCGCUUUGCCUUCGAGCUGAAGAUGCAGGACAAGAGCACGUUCCUGCUAGCUGCUGACAGUGAGAUGGAGAUGGAGGAGUGGAUCGGCACCCUCAACAAGAUUCUCCAUAGCAGCUUCGAACAGGCUAUGCAGGAGAAAAGGAAUGGAGACCUGCAUGAUGGUACGAGGAACAUGGAAAAACAGACCCGUCCUCAGGAAGCUUUCAAGAUACUUUUCAGAAAAUACUGUGUGCUUAUCUACCAGACUGCCAGAGACAUUGAAUUGAAAAUGAGGAGUGAAGCUCGCCUCAAGCUGUUUACUCUGGAUCCCGACACACAGAAACUGGACUUUUCUGGCAUUGAACCGGACGUGCGUCACUUUGAAGAGAAGUUCGGGAAGAGGAUUCUGGUCAGCUGCCACAACCUGGCGUUCAACCUGCAGGGAUCAGUGGCCGAGAAUGAGGAGGGCCCCGCCACUAAUAUGGAGCCUUUCUACGUGGUCCUGUCCCUCUUUGACGUCCAGAACAGUCGGAAGAUCUCAGCCGACUUCCAUGUGGAUCUCAACCACCCUCUGGUCCGACAAAUGACGGCCGGUCACGCUGGCGGGCCAGAAUCGCAAACUGUUGAUGACGGCCCCCUGGGAAGCCAAAGGCUGGCUACUGGCCUCCUACACCAGGCUCUUCUGUAUCCGAAACAGGGGGUGUUCUCAGUUACUUGUCCUCAUCCGGAGAUCUUCCUUGUGGCCAGAAUUGAGAAGGUCCUGCAAGGAGGGAUCACUCAUUGUUCUGAACCGUAUAUGAAGAGCUCAGACUCUGCAAAGAUUGCUCAAAAGGUACUGAAGAAUGCCAGGACAGCUUGCAGCAGGCUUGGACAGUACAGGAUGCCUUUUGCAUGGGCUGCUAGGCCUGUGUUUAAAGAUGCAUCAGGAACUCUGGAUAAAAACGCUCGCUUCUCAGCUCUAUACAGACAGGACAGCAGCAAGCUGUCAAAUGAAGACAUGUUCAAACUGCUCACCGACUUCAGAAAACCUGAGAAAAUGGCCAAACUCCCUGUACUCUUGGGGAACUUAGAUGUAACAAUUGACAGCAUGGCUCCCGAUGUUACCAACUGCGUCACCUCCUCAUACAUCCCUGUGAGGAACUUUGAAGCAAAUGGGCCGGGCAGUGCUCUUCUUGAGGUGGAGGAAUUUGUGCCCUGUAUUGCAAAGUGUUCCCAACCUUUCACCAUCUACAAAAAUCACCUUUAUGUCUAUCCAAGACACCUGAAGUAUGAUGGGCAGAAAUCUUUUGCUAAGGCGAGGAACAUCGCAGUUUGCGUUGAGUUCAAGGAUUCCGACGAGGAUGACGCCCAGCCGCUGAAGUGCAUCUACGGUCGUCCGGGUGGGCCGUUAUUUACAAAGCAGGCGUAUGCGGCGGUACUGCACCACCAGCAGAACCCUGAGUUCUAUGAUGAGAUAAAGAUAGAGCUGCCGACCCAGCUGAAUGAGAAGCAUCACCUUCUCUUUACCUUCUACCAUGUGAGCUGCGACAGUAACAGCAAGAAGAAGGACUUGGUGGAGACUCCAGUGGGAUCCGCUUGGCUGCCUCUGGUCAGGGACGGCAGCAGAGUCAUCAUGAACGAGCAGCAGCUUUCCGUGGCUGUCAAUCUACCUGCUGGGUAUCUGGGCUCCCAGGAUGGCAUCAACAAGUCCGGUGUGGAGGUGAAAUGGGUAGAUGGCGGCAAACCCCUGUUCACGGUCUCAACCCAUCUGGUUUCCACAGUUUACACCCAGGAUCAGCAUUUGCACAACUUCUUCCACCACUGUCAGCGCAUGGAGAUGUCCGAGCAAGCUUCAGAGGGGGAGCUGGUCAAAUUCCUUAAGAGUCUGCAUGCUAUGGAAGGCCACGUGAUGGUAAACUUCUUGCCGACAAUCCUCAACCAGCUCUUCUGCGUCCUCACCAGAGCCACGCACGAGGACGUGGCUGUUAAUGUGACAAGGCAAGCCACAGGGACAAUCACAUGCAAAACAUUCUUUCCCUUCGGGGUUAUGGUUCAUGUGGUAGCACAGUGCCACGAAGAGGGGCUUGAGCAUUACCUUCGAUCGUAUGUCAAGGUGCAGUUUGUAUUAAAGCCAGAGCCGUAUUCCUCCAUCUGUGUAAAAACAGUUCAUGAAGAGCUGGCUAAAGCCAUGACGGCCAUACUGAAACCCUCCACAGACUUCUUAACAAGCAACAAGCUGCUGAAGCACUUGUGGUACUUCUUUGAAGCCCUGGUGAAGUCGAUGGCUCAUUACCUGACAGAGAGUGGGAAAGUCAAGCUCUCCAGGAACCAGCGCUUUCCUGCUUCCUUCUACCACGCGCUUGAGACUCUGGUCAACAUGCUGAUGCCCCACAUCACGCAGAAAUACAAGGACAACCUUGACGCGUCGCGCAACGCCAACCACAGUCUGGCAGUUUUCAUCAAGCGCUGCUUCACCUUCAUGGACAGAGGCUUUGUGUUCAAGCAGAUCAACAACUACAUGAACUACUUUUUGCUCGGAGACCCAAAGACCUUAUAUGAAUUUAAGUUUGAAUUUCUUCGAGUGGUUUGCAACCAUGAGCACUACGUGCCUCUAAAUCUGCCCAUGCCCUUUGGAAAAGGCAGAAUUCAGAGGUUUCAAGAUCUCCAGCUUGACUAUUCUCUUACUGAUGACUUCUGUCGAAACCACUUUUUGGUGGGCUUGCUGCUGAGGGAGGUGGGCGGGGCUCUUCAGGAGUACAAAGAGAUUCGCCAGAUUGCCAUCCAGGUGCUCAAGGGACUUAUGAUUAAACACACAUUCGAUGACCGUUAUGCCACGAAAAGCCAACAGGCCAGGCUUGCCACCCUCUACCUCCCUCUGUUUGGGCUGCUUCAAGAGAAUGUCUAUAGGCUUGACAUCAAGGAUUCUGCUCCUCUCACAAACAGCAAUAACACGAGGGAGGACUCCCUGGUGCCUAGCUCCAUGGUGACCCCUCAGAAACCUGGAAGCUACAUAGAAACCGCUCUCCACAAAGAUGUGUUUGGAGUCAUAUCUGGAACCGCUUCUCCUUACAGCUCUACUCCCAAUGUGGUUUCAGUCCAUCACGCAGACUCCAGAGGCUCUCUGGUCUCAACUGACUCCACAAAUAGUCUGGCAGACAAGAGCAGCGACAAGACAAACUCCCUGGAGAAGGAGAGAUUUACCAGGAGGCACUCUGUCAACGUGCCCCCGCUCCCCCUCAACCUGGCUGAGCGAGAUCUGCCUCUGAAGCGGGUCACGGUGGACUUCUCCCUCCUCACUGUGCCUCUGCAUGACCGACUGCCACGCAGUGACAGGGAGAAUGACAAAGCAGCCACAGGCCAGAGAGCGGAUGGAGAUCAUGAGGAAAACAUACCUAUACAAAACCAGUGUGAGUCGGCUCUCGGCAGCUCUGUGCUGCGCUGUGACAAGCUGGACCGAAAUGAGAUCAAGCACCUGCUCAUGUGCUUUCUGCACAUCCUCAAAAGCAUGUCGGAAGAUGCCCUCUUUGCUUACUGGAACAAAGCAGCUCCAGCAGAGCUAAUGGACUUUUUCACAUUAUUAGAGGUCUGCCUCCAUCAGUUCAGAUACAUGGGAAAAAGAAAUAUCGCCAGGAGCCAGGAGGGCACAGGACCUGUGGCCGCAGACAGGAAGUCCCUGACUCUGCCUGUGUCUCGUAACAGGGCUGGAAUCCUGCACGCUCGGCUACAGCAGCUCGGGGCGCUGGAGAGUGCUCACACCAUCAGUAACAUGUACACCCACACAGAAGCUGAUGUAAACAGCCAGUGUCUGCUGGAGGCCAACGUCUCCACGGAAGUCUGCCUGACCGUGUUGGACACUCUCAGCAUCUUCAUCAUGGGAUUCAAGACUCAACUGAAUUCAGAUCUAGGUCACAAUCCCCUGAUGAAGAAGGUUUUCCAGGUCCACUUGUGCUUCCUGCAGAUCCCUCAGUCGGAGGCUGCUCUCAAGCAGGUCUUUACCUCACUCAGGACCUUCGUUUACAAGUUCCCUUGUACCUUCUUUGAUGGACGAGCUGACAUGUGCGCCUCCCUCUGCUAUGAAAUACUCAAGUGCUGCAACUCCAAACUGAGCUCCAUCCGUAGCGAGGCCGCCCACCUUCUAUACUUUCUCAUGAAGAGCAACUUUGACUACACAGGCCGCAAGUCUUUUGUGAGAACACACCUCCAGGUGGUAAUUGCCGUCAGUCAGCUGAUUGCUGAUGUCAUUGGCAUUGGGGGUACCCGUUUCCAACAGUCUCUCUCUAUCAUAAACAACUGCGCCAACAGUGACAAGAACAUAAAGCACACAGCAUUUCCGUCAGAUGUAAAAGACCUCACCAAGCGCAUCAGGACAGUGCUGAUGGCCACAGAGCAGAUGAAGGAGCACGAGAACGACCCAGAGAUGCUGGUGGACCUCCAGUACAGCUUGGCCAAGUCUUACACCAGCACCCCCGAGCUCCGCAAGACCUGGUUGGACAGCAUGGCUCGCAUCCACAACAAGAACGCCGACCUUUCCGAGGCAGCCAUGUGCUACGUUCAUGUUGCUGCUCUAGUGGCUGAGUAUCUAUGGAGAAAAGGAAUGUUCAGGCAGGGCUGCUCAGCCUUCCGCGUCAUCACUCCAAACAUCGACGAGGAGGCGGCCAUGAUGGAGGACGUCGGGAUGCAAGACGUCCACUUCAAUGAGGCGAGACCUGAGGUGCUGAUGGAGCUUCUGGAGGAGUGCGCUGAUGGCCUCUGGAAGGCGGAGCGCUAUGAACUCAUUGCCGAUGUUUACAAGCUCAUUAUUCCUAUCUAUGAGCAGCGCAGGGACUUCGAGAAACUGACACACCUGUAUGACACCCUCCACCGUGCCUAUACCAAAGUUAUGGAGGUGAUGCACACCGGCAAGAGACUGCUGGGCACAUACUUCAGAGUGGCCUUCUUUGGACAGGGCUUUUUUGAAGAUGAGGAUGGAAAGGAAUACAUCUACAAGGAGCCAAAGUUUACUCCACUGUCAGAAAUUUCCCAGCGGCUUCUUAAGCUCUACUCUGACAAAUUUGGACAGGAGAAUGUGAAAAUCAUUCAGGAUUCUGGCAAGGUAAACCCGAAGGACCUGGAUUUGAAGUAUGCCUACAUCCAGGUGACACACGUCACGCCCUUCCUGGAUGAUAAAGAAGCCGAGGACCGGAAGACGGACUUUGAGAAAAGCCACAACAUCAGGCGCUUCGUUUUUGAGACCCCUUUCACGGUGUCGGGCAAGAAGCAAGGAGGGGUGGAGGAGCAGUGUAAACGGCGCACUGUACUAACCACCACCCACUGUUUCCCUUAUGUAAAGAAGCGCAUAGCAGUCAUGUACCAACACCAGACCGACCUGAGCCCCAUUGAGGUGGCCAUAGAUGAGAUGAGUGCCAAAGUGGCUGAGCUGCGACUUCUGUGCUCAGCUGCGGAGGUGGACAUGAUCCGCCUGCAGCUCAAGCUGCAGGGCAGCAUCAGUGUUCAGGUAAACGCAGGUCCGCUUGCUUAUGCCAGAGCCUUCCUGGAUGACAGCAGUGCCAAAAAAUACCCAGACAACAAGGUUAAGCAGCUCAAAGAAGUUUUCAGACAGUUUGUCGACGCCUGCGGUCAUGCGCUCGGGGUUAACGAGCGACUGAUCAAAGAAGACCAGCAAGAGUAUCAUGAUGAGAUGAAGGCCAACUACAGGGACUUGGCCAGGGAGCUGUCAAACAUCAUGCAUGAGCAGGUGGGAACCCCCAGCAUGCCAAUAAACCCAGUGGAGGACGGUACGAGGAGCACCUUGUCUGACUCUUUGGGUAUAUUCAAUGCCAUCAGCGGCACGCCAAGUGCCAACCCACAUGGCUCGACUACCAUCCUAUGAUGGCUCAGGCCUUCUUCACUGCUAGAGAUGGGUUUAACCACCUGGAUCAUCAUUAAGGUCGCAUUUGAAGAACUCAAAACAGCCUCACGCCCUUUUGUUUCAGUGAACAUCCUCAUCUGCAGUGUUUGCUUUUCUUUCCUCUUGUUUCCUAUGGCGACUUUGGUGUAAAAGGAGUUUGGCCUUGCAUCCUUAUGUACAGCUUGUUUUGUGGCUUGAGAACGGAUCGUAAUAGUUGAUCUUGUCUUAAAUGUUGGUUUCCCCUUAAAGAAGAGUGGUCUUAACCCUAGGACACUAACUUUCAAAAUAGUAACACAAUCACUAACGUCGGGUAUAUUUUACCCAAUGUAAUAAUAUCCCCGAUAAAAUACAGUUUGCCUCUUGAAAAAACAUAGUUGGGCAAAGGGAAACAAACAUAGCAUUAAUGACAUAAAUUAGCUGCCUUAAGCUACCCAAACCCCUAUGCAACUCUGCAGCAAAACAGUGAAAAUUGCAUGACAAGAUUUGUGUGGGUGAAAAUCACCCCAGGUUAGUGUUCUAGGGUUAAGAGAGCUCUACAGUGCAGAAACGGACAAGUGCACGCUGAGGCUCAGUUGUUAUCAGUUUUCUAUUUUCUCAUCCAAAAGAAAUGAUUUUUCUAUUUUAGGCCAAUGAAAUUUUGUACGAAAAUGUCUGACGCCAAGUGGACCACAACGUUUGAACCUAUUUUCAUGAAAAGAUUGUGCAAUAUUUUCUACCGUUACCAAGCCUACCUACUGCACAAAAGGACACUCUUGCCAAGACAUUUGGGGGGGGGGGCUGUGCAAUCCAAGACCAAGGAGUGACAGCUUUGUCUUGUCAAACGAUCGUUUUCUUUCUCGUGUAGUUGCCUUUUUUUUAAUCAUCCAAGGUAAGAUUAAACAGAAAGAAUUUUUACUCAAUGUCUAGUCGUGUAAAUAUGUUUAUGACUUGAAAAAUAAAUGAAAAUAUAUAUGAUGCUACGUUUUGCUUGGUUUAAAUGCAAAUAAAGAAAAUGCCAGAUCCUGCCAAUCAAAACCCAAAUAAGAUGACCAUACCCCUUCUGCACCCUUAGACAGU